UUUGUUUUAAGUUCAACUUUAACAUAUUUGUUCUAUUUAAUUCAGUUUUGUAAUAUCAAUGCAGGUGAAUUGCUAUAGCACCACUGCUCAAAAAUAUGGAUGAAGCAAUUGAGCAAUUCCUAAGCAUAACCAAUACUGAUUCAAGGGAUAUGGCUGAAUAUUAUCUCAAUGUAAGUAAUGGAGAUUUACAAAUGGCAUUGGGAAUGGUUUAUGAAGAUGGUGGAGCUUCCAGCUCUAAAACAGAAGUCAAAAAAUCUGAUAAUGAUUGUGUUAUUGUUGAUGACCUAAAACCAAAUAUCACAGUUUUAGAGUGGAAUAUACAAGGUUUACUUGGUGACUAUUUACAAGAAAGAACAGUGGCGGUCGUGAAUACUAUUCGACAGUAUUCUCCAACUGUGGUAAUGCUACAAGAAGUUAUAUUAGAGACAUAUUUAUAUAUGAAAAGUGCAUUAAAAUCGACCUAUACUGGAUUCUCGCCUUCAGAAAUUAGUAGUCAAUGUGGCCAAUAUUUUACAUGUAUUUUCAUAAAUAAAAGUCUCUUCAAAUCAUGCACAGCAAAAGUUGUUUCAUUCUCUGGAUCAAGACAAGGAAGAGAUAUAUUGAUAGUUGAAGGUAAAUGUCACAACCUUGAUGUAGCAGUGUUGACGUCUCAUCUGGAAAGUACUAAAACUGGCGAGCAAGAAAGAAAAAGACAGCUUGGUAUAUUGUAUUCCACAAUGAUGCAAUUUCCUUCUGCAAGCACUGUUAUUUUUGGUGGUGACACCAAUCUCAGAGAUGCUGAGUUUACCUCUGUUGUUCACUCUGGUAAAUUUGAUGCUACAUUGGUGAAAGAUAUAUGGGAGAUUCUUGGUUCUCCUCAAGAUGUAAGAUAUUCAUGGGAUUUGCAAAAUAAUGACAAUCAAGUUAAAGAUGGAAAAGCAAGACUUCGAUUUGCGAGAAUGUAUACUAGAGUUGAGACAAGCAAGCAACAUUUCAAACCAACGGAGAUGCGAUUUGUUGGAAUGAAGAGACUUUCAUGUGGCAUGUUUCCAUCAGAUCAUUGGGGUAUUUUGACCUCAUUUUCUGUAUGAAUAUACAUUUACCUUGAGGUUCAUGCCAUCAGCAACUAUGACUUUCAGUUUUCAGUGUUUCAGUUUCCAGUGUUUCAAAUUCCAUGACACACUCCCAAUCAUGAUCUUUUGCCACUAUGUUUACAUUUUCAUUGCGUGUACUGCAAAUAACUACGGUAGUUGAAAUCGAAGUCAACAUUCUUUAUUUGGGAAUUGCAUUUUGUCUUACUUUGGGAUCAUUAUCAAUAUCAACCAUUGAGCCAUCAGGUGUUGUCAGGUUGGUUUUAGUAUGUCAUUAUUUAAAAGCUUGAAUUUAGGAACUUAUAUUGGAUAACUUAAAAACAGUGAAUAUGCUUUUGUGGAAUGAGAUCAUAAGUACUGUUCUUGUUUAUUCUAGUUAUUAAGGCAUAGUUUUUACAUCUGUCAUAGUGUCAUGUAAUGAUUCACUUCAGUUCAUUACAUGGAUUUCAUCCAUGUUGAGGUUUUCACAAUGUGUACCUUUGAGACCUCACUUUCUAACAAACUACAAUGUUGUCACCAAGGUUGUACUUACUGGCCGUGUGUUUAUUCUACUCUGGUUUGGUUAAAUUGAUUUUAUGCAUCUACAGCAAUGGUCCUUAAACUUUUUAAGCCACGCCCCCUUUUUAGAAAUUUUCAAGUCUUACGUCCCACCUCAAAAAUAACUAGCUAACAAUAAGCUACAAAUAACAGAUAGUAAGUCAAAAAUAUUUUAAUCAAAAAAACCCGUUGAAAAUACGUGGAUGGAACGUAAAUAAUGAAAUAAAUGAAAAGUUUUGAAUUGUAAAUAUCCUUAAUCAGCUUCACGCCCCUCAAAAAAUACUACGUUCCCUUGUGGGGCGCGGGCCACCAUUUGAGAGCCACUGAUCCACAGGAUAUACAAUGCAUCUUUUUCCGACUUUAUAAACUGUGCACAUAUUUCACACAUCUCUGUUCAAUGCUUGAAGGUAAAUACACCAAUGCCCAGCACUUCAUUUGGUAACAUCUUAUUUUUCGUUAUGAAUUCCUGGCAAGUUCGUUUCAUUAUGUUUACCAUUCUGCCAAGGCAGAUUUGUUUCAUAGUUUUUGUACUAUAUGCCUAAAAUGUCUUGAAUAACAUUUCGUUUUGUAACAUCCUAUUUUUCGAGUUCCUAUCAAGUUCCUAUCAUUUUGUUUACCAUUCUGCCAAGCAGAUUCGUUUUAGAGU